GCCAAAUUUUGCCCCUGCAAUCACCUGCAAUGCAUGAUCCGAAUAUCAAUCAAUGCUGCAUGUAGCAGAUGGCGUCUUCGUCAAAUUUCUGGCGCAGCCCCUGUGCAGCCAGACUUCUCUAUGUCUCCAGCAACAAGUCUGACUCCGGGGGCCGGGCGCUCUUGACGUGCUGGUCUGAUAGAUUCCUUGGUUCAUCUCCCCCACCUCUUGUAUCAAACGUGCCCUUAGCUCCUGUCAUCUGAUCACUUCUUCUAGCGCCAAUGCUGUGGACGAGACUGGCAGUACUGGAGCCCUGACCUUUCGUCAGUUUCACAGAUUCAUCCCAUCAUGAGCCCUCAUGAAUUCGAGCAAGGCGGCGCGCCCAAGCCCCUCCUGAAGCUGGAAGAACUAGCAUGGGACACCACCUUUGUGCGAGAGCUCCCUGGGGACGAGCAGCGGGACGGGGGCUCACGACAAGUGCACCAUGCGUUCUUCAGCUACGUGGCCCCAUCAGUCAAGAUCAGCAAGCCCCACAUGAUUGCCUACUCAGCGGAUGUUGCUGAGAACAUCCUGGGGCUGGACCCUGCGGAGCUGGAGCGGGUGGAUGCCCCCUAUAUCUUUGUGGGAGCAGAGCGGCUAGACGGCUGGACCACAUACGCCCAGAAUUACGGCGGCCACCAGUUUGGCACGUGGGCGGGCCAACUAGGCGAUGGGCGCGCAGUCACGCUCGGCGAAGUUCUGACCCCCCAGGGGGAGCGCUGGGAGCUACAGCUCAAGGGCGCGGGGAGGACCCCUUACAGCCGGUCAGCUGACGGGCAAGCGGUUCUUCGGAGCUCCCUGCGCGAGUUUCUGUGCAGCGAGGCCAUGCACGGGCUCGGGGUGCCGACCACUCGCGCGUUGACGCUUGUCGGCACGGGGACGGGGGUGCACAGAGACAUGUUCUACGACGGGCACCCGAACCUGGAGCCGGGCGCGGUGGUCUGCCGCAUGGCGCCGUCGUUUGUGCGGUUUGGAACGUUUCAGUUACCGGCGGAAAGGGGGGGCAAAGAGACGAAGUUGGUGAAAUUUCUCGCGGAUUACAUGAUCGAGCAUCACUUUCCGAAGCUGAAAACCGGGCUGGAGAAUAGGAGGGGGCAAGUCGCGGAAGCUGAAAUGAGUGGAAUUGACGGGGAGGAGGGAGUUUCGGGGAAGUAUAAUGAGUACGCGGCGCUUUUUAAGGAGGUAGCAGAGCGGACGGGAAGACUCGUGGCAUAUUGGCAAGCGGUCGGCUUCGUCCACGGCGUUCUGAACACGGACAACAUGAGCAUCCUGGGCCUGACGCUCGACUACGGCCCCUUUGCGUUUCUCGACGCGUACAGCGACCAGUUCACGCCCAACACGAGCGACCCCACGGGGCGGUACGCGUUUGGCAUCCAGCCAGACGUCGUGCUCUGGAACAUGGUGCAGCUGGCGAACGCGUUCUUUGCGGGGGGCCUCCUGACGGCGGCCGAGGCGCGGGCCCUUAUGGCGGUCUUCCCUCAAACCUUCGGCGUCGAGUAUUCACACCGCAUGGCGGCCAAACUAGGGAUGGCGACUUUCGACGGGGACUUCACGACCGCGCUUCUGGCGCUCAUGAAGCGAGACAAAGUGGACUUUACGAAUCUGUUCCGGGCGCUCAGCGGAGUGACGACGGAAGGGCCGGGUGAAGAGGGAACGGAAGAAGGGCUGCUGCGGUCGGUCGAGGGAGUGCUUCCCGAGGGGAGUGUGAAGGGGGACUGGGCGCAGUGGAUGCGGAUUUACAUCGUCAAGCUAAAAAAGCAAGGGACGCCCGACGCUGAGCGCAAGGCGGCCAUAGACCGCGUCAACCCGCGGUACGUACUCCGCAACUACAUGCUGCAGAACGCGAUCGAUGCGGCCGAGAAGGGCGACUUCGGCGAGGUGCGGACGCUGCUGCGCCUCGUGCGGACGCCGUACGAAGACCAGCCGGGAAUGGAGAGGUAUGCUGCCCUCCCCCCGACUUGGGCGACGAAGCGGGGCGUAUGCCAGCUGUCGUGCUCAUCAUGAAUGUCCUGCCUUUCGCCGAACUCUGGAAGCUUAUCGCCAAUGAAGAGUUGUCAAAGGGUUGUCAACGAUUGACAAAUCAGAUGACAAGUCGCAUGAGCAUCAAUGGGCUGCUCUAUUUUGAAGAGCGGGCAGGUGCGGUGCAACUUGUUUUGUACACGGCAUGACGUCGAAUUUGGAAAUGAGCUGUGUACUGAUUACAUGAUAGUGAUGUACAUAUCAUGCCUGACAUUGCUGCAAGCCCUUCAAAUAUCUGAUAAUUGACAACCGUGACCUGUG